AUGCUGAGAGCAUCAGGACCUCCUCCCCAGAAGAUCCCAAGGAGGGACCCUCAGCCGCCCCCUGAGCCUGUGGAAGCGCGCUCAACAGCUCGUGGCCAGAUCACGACGCAGCAGGACACCUGGACAGCGCUUCUUGUUCCUGUCCCCAGCCGCUCCAUCAUCCCUCAGGUGGUCCUCCAUAAGGUCCCGGCGGCAGCAGCCUCCUGCAGAGCUUCACCUCUCACCUCUCUCUCCCCUCCUGCCUCCUCCUCUGGCUCUUCUCCCUUUUCUCUCUCCUCUCCAAGCUCCUCAUCCUCUGCUCUCUCUUCAUUCUGGACUUGUGUUGAGGUAUCAGACCAUCCUCCUAAGCUCAUCCUGAGGAGGGACCCUCAGCCUCCCCCUGAGCCUGCAGAAGCACCCCCAGCAGAUGCCUCUGCCUCCCUCUCUGGCUCUUCUCUCUCUUCGCUCCCCUCGCCUUCUCUCCUCCCUCUCCUCUCUCCUCUCUCCUCCUCCUCUUCUAGCUCCUCGUCUCCGGACCAACCUGAGCACCCAUCAGCUGUAUUUCAUUCUCUCUGUGCUUUGAUUUUUUUGCGCUCCUGGUCUAGGUGCUCGUCUCCGGACAAACCCGAGUCACCCCCUGAGCCUGCAGAAGCACCUCCAGCAGAUGCCUCUGCCUCCUUCUCUGGCUCUUCUCUCUCUUCGCUCCCCUCGCCUUCUCUCCUCCCUCUCCUCUCUCCUCUCCUCCUCCUCUUCUAG